AUUUAUCCUUAUUUUUUUAAUUUUUUAAUUUUACUAAAAAUACGUUAAUUACAAAAAAGAAGAGGGUCGGUUUGGGUAAGUUCUGGAAACCCAGAAUUUUUGCUUGUGUUAUUUUGGGUAUAGGUAGUAGUAGAGGGUCAGUUUGAAUAAGCCCCCACCCAAAAAAAAAAAAAAAAAAAAGGUCGGUUUAGGUCUUCUUUAUCUAUCUUGCAAAGUCAUUCUCUUAGUCAAUUAACGAAACUAUGGAUGAGAGAGAGGUCGACUGGUCUGCUCUUCCAGUUGAACUCUUGCUUUUAAUCGGAAAAUCCAUCCAAUCUCGCAUCGGUGUUGUAAGAUUUCGCAGCGUCUGUGCUUCAUUGCGAUCCUCUAUCCCUCCACCAUGUGAGAUAUUGCCUCCUUUUCCUCUUCCUCUUCCUUUCACCGGAUCUGCUGGCAGAGCCUUUGUCUCUCACAGAACCUUCUAUCGUUUCAAGCUACCAGAUGAUGUUAAUCCAAACCCUUCAACAUGUUCAUCAAAGAGCUGGUUGAUCAAGGUGGAAGAGUUUGAAUUUGGUCGAAAAUGUCUUUUAAAUCCACUUCCAAAUCUCUAUUUCGGGUUUCCUUUUCCAAAAGGGAUUAACUUAUUGGAUUAUCAAGUUGUCGAGGUAAGCAAAGAAUAUGAACUUCAAUCUAUUAGUGGCAUGCCUAUUGUUGGUGUGGAUAAACUAGUAUUGUUUCCUGACUCUGCAUGGAAUAGUUCUGUUAAAGACACUGUGAUUUACGCUUUAUUUCAUGAAGGAAAGUUGGGGUAUAUGAAAUAUGGAGAUCAAAAUUGGACCCUUGUAGAUGAUCUCUGUCACUAUGAUGACAUUAUUGUAUACAAUGGAAAACCCUAUGUUGUUGAUAAUUGGGGAUUAGUUUCAUGGAUUGAUUCAUCAAUGAAGCUGAUAGAAUUUUCGCCUCUACUUCCGAAUUUUGGAAACCAGAAGCAUUUGGUGGAGUCACGUGGAGAGCUCUACGUUGUUGAUAGGUUCUUUGAUACACAGAGGAGGCUUCACCAUCUCCCUAAGACAUUUACUUUCGAUGUUUAUAAGCUGGACCAAGAGUGCGGUCGUUGGGUUACGGUCGAGAAUUUGGGUGAUCGAGUUUUUAUUUUGGGUAAAGACAGUUCCUUCUCUGUUUCAGCUACAGAAUUCUCUGGAUGUAAAGGGAAUUGCAUUUACUUCACUUAUAAAGAUGACAAUGGUGUCUUCGAUCAGAAGACUUGCAAGAUUGUAGAUUUCCAAGACUGGAGUCAUCUAUUUCGGCUUCCCCCAUCUUGGCUCAACUCAAAAUCUUCAUCUAAAUGUUGAGUUUAGGAGGAUCAUGUGUAUGGUACAAUGGGAGGAUUAAAAUAAUUUGUAUAAAAUACUAAAUUGAAGAGCAGAUAAGCAUAUCUUUUCUUGAGUGGUGAUAAUUGGAGAGGUUAUAAUUGGAGGAUCCUUUUACAAUUUGAUCAUCUUCUUGUUUGGAUUACCAUGAUUUUGAGUAAU